GGAAAACAAAUGGCCUCCUCAAGACCUUCAGAUAUCUCUGAGAGUCCCCAGGUAGGAACUAAGACCCCUUCCAGGGUAGGCAAUGACUUAGUUGGCAGUAUUUUAUAUCCUGUAUUGUACUGGAGUCUCACUACAAUAAGCCUGGAAAGUAGACAGCAGUGUAAACUUUUUACAGUCAAAGAGCCCAAAACUCAAAUGAGUUCCACAGAAUGUUAGAGUUGGAAGGAUUUAAAGUUCAUCUAGUCCACUCUCUGCAUUUUUUUAUAUGUGUGGAAGCUGAGGCUCAGCAAAGUAAUGUGACUUGACUGAGACCACAAGCCCGUCAGGGCCAGAACCCGGGCAUCCCUCCUCCUGGGUGUGCCUCUCACAGCACUGUGUUGCUGUGCUCCUAGGCAAGUCUCGGGUCUCCACCGCAGACCCAGAAUUCUGGUCUCCAAGGGUGUCAGUCACCUGCUCACACCCUAGGCUCUACCACCCCACCCCAGGGCUCUGACAUCACCUCCUCUUGACCAAUGAGCGGAGGCCCAGCAAUGGGUGAGGAUGUGAAUGUCAGCUACCUCCCCCACCCCAGUUCUGUGGUUGCAAAGAUGCUCUAACAGGAAGCGGGUUUAAGGAGCUGCACAGCUUCCUGCCCCCCCAGGGCUGAGUGGAGCGAGAAGGGCGAGUGCCAGGCCCAGCCACGAGACACCGCUUUUUGCCGGGGUCCUCGCAGCUUCCUCUUCCACAGCCACUUCCGUGCGGCCGGGGCCCCAGAGGCAGGAGCUGCUGCCCGUUGCCCAGGCCACCCUCCACCCCCAGUCCUGAGCCCUGCCCCCCUGGGGCCGGGCCAAGCCCGGAGGCUGGCUUGGGAUCCCAUGGGGGACGAGUAGGGCAAAGGUCUUGGGGGACAGAGGUGGCUGGGCCAGAGCCCUGGGGCUCCGGCCAUGAAGUCUCGGCAGAAAGGAAAGAAGAAGGGCAGCUCGAAGGAGCGGGUGUUUGGGUGUGACUUGCAGGAGCACCUGCAGCACUCAGGCCAGGAGGGUAAGGAGGCCAACCUGGAGUUGCUGCUGGGUGGAGGGGGAGGCAUGGAGCGUCUCCAGUCUGAUCUAGUCUGUGGGUACAGAAGCAGCUUCCGGGAGCUUAUGCAGAAGGGGCAGUGGCUUGGGGUCUCCCCCAGCAGGCUGAUGAGCAGGCAGGGCAGGAAAUGUGGCUCAGUGAAGAAGGCAGGGUAGCUCCCUUGUGUGACUGUCUGGCGGUGAGAAUGGAGGCACAGAGGGAGCACUGAGAGGAGAGGAGAGAGAAACUGGACACCCACGAGAGGUAGAAGAAACUGAGGUGAGAAGAUUGACAGCUGGCGGACAGGAGAGGAAGGCUGAGGGGACAGGGUCAGGAGAUGAGCGGCUGAAGGGGCAUGGAUGGUCCUUGGGUCUGAAUGAAAGGAGACAUGAGAAGGGCCCCUGGAGAGUCUGAGGACGGCACAUGGGGAGGAUGGGAGUUUCCUGGUUGGAGGAGACAAGGUUACAGGGCUCUGGUCCCUCUGCCACCUUGCUGGGGCACAGGUGAAGAUGUGGGGUGGGGAUAGUCCCCUCCCCCAGUCUCUGUGAUUCUCCAGUUCUCCCUGUGCAGAGGAGAAACAGGUUCAAAGUGGAGGGUGAGGGGAGAAGCUGCUAAAAUGGGGAACACCAGAACAGUAAGAGAGAUGGCCUGAGGCCUGGUGUGACGAUGGGGGUAGAGAGUACAAAGGAGGAGGGGGUGAGGACUGUCUGUGGAAGGCAUCCUCCCUGAGUUACCUUGGAGAGGGCUUGGAAACCAGCAAGACCAAGGACAACAUGGGCUCCCGAGUGUGCUUGGUGUGGCGUAGACACUCCAAACAUUUCUUGAUCGAUUUGGAAUUGAAUGUAGGUAUCCUGACUACCCAGUCCAGCUUGUUUUUUGGUACUCUGAGCUCCUCCCAAAGAAGGGCACGAUUUCUCACCACCCCCACCCCACCCCAAUCUGUCAUUUCCUCUUUGUCCUCUGCUGUGCGCCUGCAGUGGAGGGAGGGUGAUGGUGGUUCCCAGCUCAUUUCCUGCUCUUAGCCCCUCCCCUGGGUCCCCAGACACCUCCUUCCCCUUUUCUCCUCCCUCAGAGGCCCCCAUCCCCACUGGCCUUGGUUAAGGGAAAGCCCGGGCCCCAAGGAAGGGUGUUAAACAGCUGAAGUGGCUUCUCUGUGCCUUUCUCUUCUCACAGGGCACAGCCCAGCUGCCAGUACAGACUCCUUUACAAGGGAUUCCUCUUGAGAAUGAUGGCUCUUGGCCAAGGGCCACAUGAUUUAAUUGGGGCUGAUGUUCUUCCAGUUCUCUGCAAACCCUCAGUUCAGCCUCCUCAUCUUGGCACUGUCCUUCCCUGUGGAUCCCCUGCCAACCUCACGUUGAAACACUGAACUCACAGCCAGCCCCUGAUCCCACUCCUCUACCCCUUCCUGGCCUCUGUCCGCAUUCCCAGAAGGUGAGGGGCAUAUUCUCUGGAAGGGAUGGACAUCUGGUUGCUGGGUCCUGAUCCUAAUGAAUCCCGGAGAGAGAGAGAAGCACCUCCUGCCCUUCACCAGCGCAUCACCUGAGCCCAAAGGUGGAGGAGUAUCUUGCACCAGAGCAGCAGUGGCAGCCUUCUCCCCUUCCCCCCAGCUCCUCCUAGCACAGACAGGUGGAAGUGGAAGGACAGAGAGAGGCUGGUGAUGGCUUCUCUCUCUAAGCUAAGACCCAGCAAGAAUGAAAGCCCAGGCCAGUGGAAAGCUGUUUCUGGUUAAUUUAUCCUCCCUGAUUAUCUCGGCUUCCCCCAUCCUAGCAGCCUUGCUCCAUUUCAGCCCCCUCUCCCAGCUCUUUGCCCUAGGUGGGACUCUUUCUUCCCAAGCCCUAAUAUGUCUUCAGUUCUUCCCUUUCCUAGUCUUUAUCUCUUUGAGACCUUCCUUGUUCAAGUUUCUGACUCUCCAGGUUCCUAAGCUUCAGACCCUCCUCCCUGACCCACACUUUGCCUCUAUCCCUUUGACUCUACAACCCCAACUCUGUCUCUAACUUUUAUCUCUGACCGCAUUUCCCUUAUCUCUGUCUCCUUUACUCCUCCAUCUCUCUGACCCUAUUACCUCUUCCCCCAUCUCCUUGACCCAUUUCCUCUAUGGCUCUGAAUCCUUAGGCUCUGGAAUGCCUUCUUUAAAGGCCUCCUGUGGAGGUUCAAAAUCAACAGAGAAGGAUGGAAUGGGGAAGAUCCGAUUUGGUUGCAGUUCAUGUGAAAAGAACCUGGGGUUUAGGUGACAUCGAACUAUUUAUGAGUCAACAGAGUGAUGACCAAAAGAGUUGGGGUAGCAUUAGUCAUUUGAGAGUAGAGUGACAGCUUGAAAAUGAGGGGGGUCUGCCUCAUCUCUGUGUUCAGUGCUGGGCACCUGAGGUCGGGAGACCCUGGCAAAUGGGCACAGGUCAUGAAGGGAUGUAUGGUAAACUGCAGGGCCAGGACCAAGGUGAGGCAAGAGAGGUGACUAGGGUGCAAAAUUUAAGGAAGUUCUCACUUUCAGGGCCAGGAAAGUGACCUAGGUGCCUCUUUCUUAAGGAGGCAUUCACUCUCAAGAUUGUGCAUGUGCACAGUUGGCACCUGCACAACCCUAAGAGUGAGUGCUUCCUUAAAUUUUGCAGCCUUGAUGCUUUCUUUGUCUCACAGAAGUUCUGGCUUUGGGGUGCAGAAGGGUAAGCGGUGUGGACACCAGGUCAUAUAAAGAGUGUUUAAAAUAGUGUUUGAUGGAUUUAUUGCUUUUCUUCAGUCUGUAUUUCUAACUUACUUAAUUCCACAAAGAGCUUGGGAUGGAUGACUUCCAAAACCCAAAACUUUACAAAAAGAGUAAAUGACUGAAGGAGUGAGUUGAAGGGAAAACAAGAAAGGUAUGCUCAGUACCCAGAAAUGUAUUUUAGGUGGUUCUAUAUGGUUCCAAGACAUGGCCUCUGAGCUUCCCAGUAGUUAAAGAGGUAAACAGAAUCAGGUACAAAAUUCAUAAAGCCCAUAAGAAAAAAAUAGGUGGUUUAGGAGAAGCACAGCUUUUUCUGACAUUAGCACAUGACAGGGAUUUCUCUGGUGAGUCUCAGUUAAUUGGACUCAAUGUUUUAUCUUAGGCAAUAUUCUCUAUUAAAUCUCCAAUUCAUUGACUAAUUCAUUGAGUGAUUUAAUAAACAUCUGUUGAGCACCUUCUCUGUUUCAACACUGUGCUAGGUGCUGGAGAAGUUGUUACUAUUUGUCAGAAGGUAUAGAUACAAAAUAUACAAAAUGUAACAAGGUACAAUAAAUACUAUAGUACAGAUAAAAACACAGGACCCUGGGAAGUAUAAUACAGAUAUAAGCAAAGGGUUCAGAAUUGGAAGUGGUAUCUGAAGCCUGUUUUGCAGAAUGCAUAAGGCUCAUCAGGCAGAGACAGAGAGGAAGGCAUUUCCAGGCAAGGGAAAACAUGAGUGAUGGCACCAAGGCUUGUUCAGGAAGUAGCAAAGGGCUGAUCAUAGGAUUUACUGGGGGAGCUGGCUGGAGCCAAGGCUGGAAUGGCAGCUGGACCUGGUUUGAGAAGGGUCUAUACAGUAUACCAUGUUGAGGAGUUUCUAUUUUAUUCUGUUUGUAAGCUAAGCCUUGAAGAUUGGGGUGGAGCAGAGCAUGUAUGCAGCAAAGGAUUUAAAGCAUGGAAGUGCUUUAAAAAAAAAAGUAAAGCAUGGAAGUGCUUUAGAGAGAUAACUAUGUGUCCUUGUGGAGAUGAGAUUCAACAUAUGGUUUCUGAGAAUUUCCCGUGACUGAGACACCAUGACAGAUAAGGUGAGGAACAGCAAGAUGGUCGCACUUAGACCUUGUCCUUAAGGAGCUUAUAGUUUAGUAACUGGGGAAGGCUCCGAGGUCAGGAGAGAGAAUAUAGCUUUUUGCACUCUUGGGUUUGAAUCCUGGCUCUAGUGGGUGAUAUUAGGCACUCAUUACUUCUCUGACCUUCAGUUUUUGUGUCUAAUGCACAGUGCUUGGUACAUAGGCGCUUCUCUCCUGAACUCACCUGUUUGAAGAUCUGUCACAAUUUUGUGUACCUUCCUGUGGCAGAUCUAAGAUCCAUGCACUCUAACCAGGGGAGGUGCUUCACAGCAGCGCCCAUCAGCUCUGUUCCAUUUCAGUUGGAAGAGCUAAUGAUACUUUAUCUUACGUAGAGUGUUAUGUAAAUGCACUUUUGAGACAGUCCUUUACCCUGAGUCCUCUUCCAAUCACAUUGCUGUCCCUUUAAGAUUUCUGUAGUAGCAACUAGUAAUUAUGGAGAGAGAGAUAAACUUCAGGUCAACAAAGGCAGAAUUUUAUAACAGGAAUGGACAGUCUGGAGAGGCAGUGAGCUCCCCCUCACUGGGGGGAGUUUAUGUCAAGACUCUAGACCCAAUGGGCAGAGAGAUUGUAAGGGGUUGGCAGGCUGGAGCUGAUGUCCUGCAAGAAUCUUUCCAAGUUUUUAUUCCACGAGUUUUGCUUUCACCUCCCCAACCCCCCUUCACUAACAGGUCCAUUUCUCAGAUCCCCUGUUGUCUCUGACCUUCCAGACCUUCUGAUUUCUUUCUCUGCCCCAUCUGUGUUCCCAGUGCCCCAGGUGCUAAGGAGCUGUGCAGAGUUUGUGGAGGAGCAUGGAGUGGUGGAUGGGAUCUACCGCCUCUCAGGGGUCUCUUCCAACAUCCAGAAGCUCCGGCAGGAGUUUGAGGCUGAGCGGAAGCCAGACCUGCGGCGAGAUGUUUACCUGCAGGACAUUCAUUGCGUCUCCUCCCUGUGCAAGGCCUAUUUCAGAGAGCUGCCAGACCCCCUGCUCACUUACCGGCUCUAUGACAAGUUUGCUGAUGCUGUGGCAGUGCAACUGGAACCUGAGCGCUUGGUCAAGAUCCUAGAGGUGCUUCGAGAACUCCCCGUCCCAAACUACAGGACACUGGAGUUCCUCAUGCGGCACUUGGUACACAUGGCCUCAUUCAGUGCCCAGACCAACAUGCACGCCCGCAACCUGGCCAUCGUGUGGGCCCCCAACCUGCUGAGGUCUAAGGACAUAGAGGCCUCAGGCUUCAAUGGGACAGCAGCCUUCAUGGAGGUGCGUGUGCAGUCCAUCGUUGUCGAGUUCAUCCUCACGCAUGUGGACCAGCUUUUUGGGGGUGCUGCUCUCUCUGGUGGUGAGGUGGAAAGUGGAUGGCGAUCACUUUCAGGGGUCCGGGCAUCAGGCAGCCCUGAGGACCUUAUGCCCCGAUCCUUGCCCUACCAUCUGCCUAGCAUCCUGCAGGCUGGUGAUGGCCCUCCACAGAUGCGGCCCUAUCACACUAUCAUAGAGCUUGCAGAGCACAAGAGGAAGGGGUCUUUGAAGGUCAGGAAGUGGAGAUCAAUCUUCAAUCUGGGUCGCUCUGGCCAAGAGACCAAGCGUAAACUUCCACGGGGGGCUGAGGACAGGGAGGACAAAUCUGAUAAGGGGACUCUGCGGCCAGCCAAGAGCAUGGACUCGCUGAGUGCUGUGGCUGGGGUCAGUGAUGAGCCAGAAGGGCUGGUGGGACCCAGCAGUCCUCGGCCAGGCCCGAUGCUGCCGGAGAGCUUGGAGAAUGAUUCUGUGGAAGCAGCAGAGGGUGAACAGGAGCCCGAGGCAGAGGCACGGGGCGGCACGAGCUCUGAGCCUGGCACGCCACGACCUGGGCGGUCGGCAAUCCGUGCUGGGGGCAGCAGCCACGCAGAGCGCCGUGCUGGCGUCCACAUCUCAGAGCCCUACGAUGUCAACCUUCCGCCACACAUCAGGUCUAUGCUCAGCAUACCUCCAAACAUCAUCUCUAACACCUCCGUGGCCGGGUUUGCCCGUGGUCUUGAGUACCCUGCCCUACAGCCCCGGCCAAGCCCUGCCUUUGGCCCUGGCCCUGGCCCUGGCCUUGGCCCUGGCCCACCAGAUGAGAAAUUGGAGGCAAGUCGAGCUCCAGGUCCCCUGGCUGACUCAGACCCAGCAGACGUGACCCCUGCCCUGGAGGACUGCCUGUCCCAGGAGGUGCAGGAUUCCUUCUCCUUCCUAGAGGACUCAAGCAGCUCAGAGCCCGAGUGGGUGGGGGUGGAGGAUGGGGAGGUGGCCAAGGCAGGACCAGCAGGAGCAGCCUUCUCCCCUGGGGAGGACGACCCUGGGAUGGGCUACCUGGAGGAGCUCCUGGGAGUUGGGCCUCAGGUGGAGGAGUUCUCUGUGGAGCCACCCCUGGAUGACCUGUCUCUGGAUGAGGCGCAGUUUGUCCUGGCUCCCAGCUGCUGUUCCCUGGAUUCUCCUGGCUCCAAGCCUGAAGCAGAGGAGGAAAGUGGGGAGGAAGUCUUCCUGAGUGCCUAUGAUGACCUAAGUCCCCUUCUGGGGUCCAAACUCCCGACCUGGGAGGGUCCAGAUGGCCUAGAGGAAAAGGCAGCAGGGUCUGGAAGACAGGAGUCUCCAGGGCAGGUUGAGGGAGAGCAGGCAGUCUGGAAAGUUGAGGAGGACAAGGAGGCUGAGCCUGGAAGUAGAUGGGACAUCAGGGAGGAGGCUGAGGGGUGUCCAGAGAGUGAAACAGAGGGUGGAGAGCCCAGUGAGGAAGGAGUGGAGGCUGAGGGAAGCCAAAAGGCGAUUGACAGUUUGAGUGAAGGAUGUGGGGAAGAGACAGAGGAGACAGAGGCCAAGGGAGAGGAGUCCAAAGGUCAGCAGGAGGAUGAGAGUAUGGAGGAAGCUAAGGGUGUGGAGGAAGCAGGAGGACAGCAGGGUAAAGACAAGGGGAAGGAAAGAAAGACUGAGAGAGAGGAAGAGGCUGAAGAAGGAGAUGAAGCCCAAGGAGAAGCCGGGAGGAACCCAGAGCAUGCGGUCCAGGAAAACCCAGUUGCUGAAGAGAGCUGGGAAGUUGUACACAAACAAGAGGCUGAAGGAGGCAGAGAAGAUGAGGUCAAAGGACAGAGGGGGAAUGAGGACCAAGAAGCAAGAGAAGACCAAGGAGAUGGUGAAGAUAGCAGAAUCCCAGAAGAAGUAGCUGAAGGAGGAGCAGGGGAGGUCAGCAAGGAACGGGAGUGUGGAGACGGAGAAGCUGAGGGAGACCAGAGGGCUGGAGGUGACCAUUUAGAGGAGGGCUCCCUUCCUGAAGGGUCACAUGUAGAGUCCCUGGAGGUUGACAGUGCCAAAGAGGGCAAUGCCCAGUCCUCUGAGACAGAACAGGCAGCCCCACAGCCACCCCGGCCAGAGGAGAUGGGUCCUGAGGGGAAACCCAGUCCCCUUGGCUCAGCUGGUGGUGUGGGCAUGCGCCUGGCUUCCACCCUGGUUCAGGUCCAACAGGUCCGCUCUGUGCCUGUGGUGCCCCCCAAACCACAGUUUGCCAAGAUGCCCAGUGCUAUGUGUGGCAAGAUCCAUGUGGCACCAGCAAACCCAUGCCCAAGGCCUGGCCGGCUUGAUGGGACUCAUGGGGAAAGGGCCUGGGCGUCCCGAGCCUCCCGCUCCUCUUGGAGGAAUGGGGGCAGUCUUUCCUUUGAUGCUGCUGUGGCCCUGGCCCGGGACCGCCAGAGGACUGAAGCUCAAGCAGUUCGGCGCACCCAGACCUGUACCGGGGCUGGGGACUACAGCCUCAUUCCCCAAACCUCCCCCUAUAGCGUGAUCCCUGCUUGUUGUCCUCGGCCCCUUAGCUGCCUUGAGCUCCAAGGUGAAGGCACAGAAGGGUCUGGACCCCGGAGUCGGUUUAGUCUGCCCCCCAGAGAGCCCCAGCCCCCUGACCCCCUUAAGUCCCCCCAGCGCCGAUCGUAUGCAUUUGAAACACAGGCUAAUUCUGGGAAAGGUGAGGGACUGUGAUUAGGACCAGAGCUCUGGGCAUAGGGGACAGUAGCUGUCUCCAGGGUCUUGGACUAGCAGUCUCUUCUGUAGCCUGAGCAGCUAUAGUGCCCAACUCUAUAGGUUUUGGCCCUCCAGCUUCUCUUUUUGACUGUGGGAGGCACGUCUCGAUCCGUUUACCUGAGCUCGUCUCAGACACAAAGCACUUAACCCUUAGGAUAUUCCAGAGAAAGUCACCAAGAUCCUGUUCCCAGAGAGGCGGUCAUUGGCCAAAGGGAACAAAGAGUAGGCGGAAAACUUAAUGGUUUCUCAAAGCGAAGAAUGAAGGGGGAACUCCAGCCAAGUUCCUGCCCUCCUCUGAGGCAAUGAACUUCUCUUCAUGGAAGUCCAGAGUAGAGGCAGGGGUCAGGGCCAGGCCCGAGCCUAUGACACACAAACACAUCUAGAGUUAACCAUUCUUGUUCUACUUUUGCGCCCUCGGACACCUCCUGCUCCUCUUAACUCCAGAUCAGGAGAAAAAUGUCCAGGAAACUCUUGGAAUGCGCAGUAUUUGUUGGAGGGACUGGCUCCAUUCCCAGCUCCCCCACCCUCUGCCUUCCUGCAUCUCAAAGAAGAGAGGUCUUGCAUAGAUCUCUCUGGCCUUUCUCCUUUGGAAUAACUUCCUAUUUUAGGGAAGGGGGUGGCAUCACUCAGGUCCUGGGACUGCUUCUUCUGACAGGCUGGGGCCACAGGUCCCAAAGGGCAAUGUCUCAGAAUAAAUGUUGUAUUUUUACA